GGACCAAAAGAAAGAAAGGAAAUAAAAAAGAAAAAAAGAAAAAAGAAAAAUCUAAAUCUAAAGCCGUUGGAAGUUUCCCUCUUUUUGUGAGUUUGAAAUUUGAGGAUUUGCCAGUAAAUGUAACGGCUAACAACUCUGAAUCCUUCUUCUUCUUCAACACGAAGUUCUAGUUUCUCAGUGAAAAAAAUAGAAAGAAAGAAAAGAAAAAGCCUCAAAUUAGGGUUUUUGUUUUUUCUUUUCUGUUUAAAUCAGAAAAUGAAGACGAACCGCAAGGUCAAGAAACCAGAUCAGUCUUCCAAGCUAGUUCUGGAAGAGAUUAUCGGCCUGACCACGAAGAACUGCAAUGGAUUGGCUUCCAAUAUCUCGACAACCAAAUGUGCAUAUGUAGCUGGAUGCGUCGUAGUGGUUUACGAUGUGGAAUCUGGCUCCAAAUCACACCUCAUGGUGCUUCAUCGAAUGCCGAAACCUCUGAGCUGUGUGGCGCUGUCCUCAAAUGGCCGUUUCAUUGCAGCUGGAGAGUCAGGAACUCAAGCUGCAGUGUUGGUGUGGGACAGUGCCACUCUGGCCUUUGCAUCUGAAUUAAAAGGUCAUGUAUAUGGGGUUUCAUGCAUUGCUUUCUCACCUGAUGGAAAAUAUCUAGUAUCCGUUGGGGAAUACAUCUAUCUUUGGGACCGGCAGAGGUGUAUGCUGGUUGCAAAGCUUAGAGCAAGUUCAUCUUCUUCUGCUGUUGCAUCGGUUAGCUUCUCAUCAGAUGCAAAAUUCAUUGUAACUGCUGGGAAGAAUCACUUAAAGUUCUGGACUGUUGGAUCAUCUCCAAAGACUCGUUUAAAUAAAGGGGCUGCUUCACUAGCAAAGAAUGGGAAAGAUGUUAAUAUUGGUCUUCAUAAAGGAAGCUCUUUCGUGUCUGUCAUAUCUGCAAUCAGGACUGACAGUAGUAUUUCUAAUUCUGACCAGGCUGGUGAUCUUUUUCCUGUCUAUGCAUUGACUGAUGCAGGUAUUUUGUGCCUUGUAAAUUCCAGGUUGUCAGUAAGGAAGUCAGUGGAUUUAAAGGUCAGAAAAGGUUUUGCAUUAUCUAUAUCCAACAAGCUAAUUGCUUGCGCUUGUAGUAAUGGAAUUGUGUGCCUCUUUAACGUUGAGACUCUCAAAUAUGCCGGAAGUCUACUAUAUUCAAAAUCCAAACAAUACUGUGUGGAGAGUGACAUUGUUUCCCACGCUAAAGAUACAGAAAAGGAUUUUGAAGUUCUUCCUGUUCUUCCCGAUGCUAUUGCUUGUCAGUUCAUGAUGUCAGAAAAGCUUGUGGUUGUCUAUGGAGAUCAUAGUCUCUAUAUAUGGGAUAUUCAUGAUGUGAACCAGGCUACAAGGUGCUGUGUGUUAGUUUCACAUUCUGCAUGCAUAUGGGAUAUCAAGAAUCUUUGUUGUGAAAACAUGCAUGAUCAGUCUCUUGCCUGCGUUGCUAGAGGCUGUUCUGGUGGAGUUUCUUUUGCAACUUGCUCAGCAGAUGGUACCAUUAGGUUAUGGGAUCUUUUGUUGAAACCAGGCUCAUUAGAUGAUAACUCAGACCAGCUUUCUCUGAAUACUGAAUCAAUGGGCACUGCACAUUUAGUCAGUGCGGGAACAUUUGAAAGAGAUGCUGUUGAGUUAGGUGUUAGCUCUCAAGGAUUCCGGUCAAUGGCAGUUAGCUCAGAUGGAGUGUACCUUGCUGCUGGAGAUUGCAAGGGCAAUCUUCAUAUCUAUAAUCUACAAACUUUUGAUUAUACAUGUUUCCAGGGUGCUCAUGAUGCAGAGAUCCUCUGUUUGAGCUUUAGCUUGUCAAAGAAAAAGUGUGAUAAUUUUGGAGAAUUUACUGAUAGCCAUUAUCUUCUUGCUUCUGGGGGGCGAGAUGGACAAAUCCAUCUUUUUGAUGUCCAAAGGAAUUUUGAUCUCAUUGAAAGUAUUGAAGACCAUGUUGGUGCAGUGACUUCCAUAAAACUUGGUUACAACGGCUCUAAGAUCUUAAGUUGCAGUGCUGAUAGGUCUCUGGUAUUUCGAGAUGUUAAUAUCACAUCCAAUGGUUUUGCAAUUGUGCGUCAUCAUCAUCAUACAGCAUCUCAUGGAACCUUAUAUGACAUGGCUGUCGAUCCAAAAAUGGAGGUUGCAGUCACUGUUGGGCAGGAUAAGAAGGUAAACACAUUCGAUAUUACUGCUGGGAAGCUGAUUAAAUCAUUCAAGCAAGAUAAAGAGUUUGGAGACCCAAUAAAGGUCACUAUGGAUCCUAGCUGUAGUUACUUGGUUUGCUCCUCCUCUAAUAAGUCAAUCUGCAUUUAUGACUUUACUACUGGGGAGUUAGUUACACAAGCUAUGGGGCAUGGUGAUGUUGUUACUGGUGUCAUCUUCUUACCUGAUUGCAAGCACAUUAUUUCUGUAGGAGGUGAUGGCUGUAUCUUCAUAUGGAAAGUGCCUAUACUUUUGUCCUCCAUAAUGCAGAAGAGGAUGAAGGAAAAUUGUGGUCCAUUAUCUCCAAAAAGCUUAGCCAGGCCACUUCGUCAAGCCUUUCUUUGUGUAGAAGAAGACAGAUACAUUUCUGAGGAUCUGUCAUUACCAGAAAUCUCCAACCAAAUUGGGCGAAAAGUUGUUUAUGGAGGAAAGGACCCUCGAGAGACCAUGGCAUUCAAAUUUAGUGUUUCAAGACUUCCUCGAUGGGCACAAGCCAAAGUAAUGAGCUCUGAAGUUGUCUCAAGAAAACUUGGGUUGACUUCACCCCAGCAACUGGAAUUGAAAGAUUUCUCUCCUUCUGUUGGCAAUGGUCUGAGAUGUGCUCCUUCUUCCCCUGAAGCUCAAAUGCCACCAAGACAUGAAAUGGGAAGUGAGACAAGCCUUAGUAGCUUGUCAAGAAGUUCUCCUGAUUCCGAAAACAAUCACAAUUCUUCAAUACCUCAAAAAACCCUUAGCAGCUUUGCCAUGGACAAACGUUGGCACUCGAUUUAUACUGUAUGUUUGGAUCUGCUGAAUUCCCCGGCAAUGCAGGAUGUAAAGGAAUUAAAGCCGUCAGUGUCUUGCCAAAGUUUGCUACACUGCGGACCUGAGGUACCAAGUAAUGACCAGCACUUGUAUGGGCAUGAUAGCCAGGUAAUGGAUGACAGGAAGGGCUGUAUAUUGGAGAAGCAUGCAAGUGCCAAUGAUUCCGGAUCUAUAUGCAAGAAUAAUGAGCAACAUUGUAUGGAUAAUAUGAAUACAUUUCAUGAGGCUGUUGCUGGUUAUGUGGCUGGGCAUUUGCAUUCAGAUAAACCUGGAUGUGAUGUUCCAGAGACCAUGGAAAUGGCUGAGAAGCUGCAUUCAUAUAAAACUGGAUGCGGCAUUCAAGAGACCGCAGAUAUCUGCCACAUUAAGUCAGAAAACAAUGAUCUAUUCAAGAAACACUUUAGCAGUUUGUCAUCCAUAACUAAGAUAGAAAGUGGCAAAUCAUCAGUCAGGAGAAGGCACUCUGCUCGAUAUGUUGUCUACCGGGACUAUCUUGGAGGCUGCAAGAGACUUUUCGAUUCACCCUUUCAAGGUUUAGGUAGUGGUAGUAAAAUGGUGAACUGCAAGGAACAAGCAUUAGAGGUUCCAUCAUACCAGAUUCUGGAUGAGCAGCGAAUGCUAGAUUCACAUGGACAGGACCUGAAAAACUCUAUGCAAAGCAUACAUAAUUCCCUGAAAAAUGAAUUACCUGAACACUCAGUUCCAGAAAGUAUGGAAGCUAGAGAUGAUAAGGGAUGUUUUCUAGAAGGAAGUGAAAUGCUGGAAAAGAUUACUGCAUGCAGGGAAGCACUCCUCACUCUAGAUGCUGCAGCAAAGAGUGCGCUCCAGUUAUUUUCGAGAUUACAAACUCAGGGUUCUAGAGAGGACUUCACAAAAGGACCUGGAGCUGAGUUAUUUGUUGAUGCAGCUAGACUGCUUCCAUCAAUUGCAGACAAAGUCAAUGCAGUUGCAAAAAUUGUGCAAUGAAGCAGAAAACCAUGUGGGAGAGCAGCCAAAAUUUCAAAUCUUGAACAGUGUCUACCUAAAGCUACAUCAUCUGAAGGAGAACCUUAGCACCAUUUGACAUGAUUUUAACCUGACAAAGUAGUCCACAUUGCAGCCUGAGAUAACCUUCAUUGUGAAUAACCAUGCUAAGAUAACCUUGCUUCUAUUGUUUUUUUUCAAAGAAGCCAAGGAUCCUGUAAUGAACUAACAUUUUGAUAUAACAAGAGUGUCGUUCUUCGAAA